AUGGCCAAGCUGAUUAUGAAGCUGAUCAACACGGUAGGCGACGUGGUCAACAACGACCCGAUAGUCGGGGACAAGAUGAAGGUCGUGUACCUGGAGAACUACCGCGACCAAGCAUUAAGGACCUAUUUCUCAGAGCAUGACUCAUAUGUGUUAUUUGUACAAGCAUUGAGGACCUAUUUCUCAGAGCAUGACUCAUAUGUGUUAUUUUGCAGGUACAAGCCACAGGACUGCUACAAAAACAACCAACUUUACUAUGUAAAGUGCCAGGAUAGAGUCAGCGAAGUGUUCAAGAACCAGAUGAAAUGGUCCAAGAUGUGUCUACACAACAUAGCAUCUUUGGGCAAGUUCUCCAGUGACCGCACUAUAUCUGAUUAUGCCCGGCACAUUUGGGGGCACCAAGCCCACCGAGUUCAAGCUUCCAGCGCCCCAUGA